UUUCUUAACAUGCAUGUAGUUGAAAUGGUGUUGAACACGUAAAUGAACCGAGAAGCAACUGGGGAAACAUCGGAAGUAGCGUGAGGCCCAUGGCUGCUGCAGAAGCAGCAGCUUCGGAGGCGGAGAGAGCACAAGGCCACACGGCUGGCCAUGGCUGUCCCCCUCUGACACCGCCUUGCGCUCGAAUCAACGCGACUCAGUGAGCGUCGGGCCGGGCGCGCUCCGCGGAGGUCGCUCGCUGUGGCGGCUUCGUGCAUGGGGCGGCAGGUUCUAUGCGGGUGGUUACUUGAAAGCAAGCUCCCUUCCCCUCUUGCCGAAUUUCGUUGCAGCACGAGGUCGAGGUGGGGCGAGGAUAGAAACUGCCCAACAGCGCUUCUCUCCGACCUCUCUCCUCGGCAUUCGCCUGCUCCUUGGUUACGUGGUGGCCGGGAUCCUCCAUCGCCAUUGACGCAAAUGACAAUGUGAGGAGACGGAAUAGAGUUGUUGAGGUUAGGGUUGUUUCUGGUUCGUAUUUCGUCGCCAAAGUCGGAAGACCAGUGCACAUCUGCGUCGUUUUCCGGCCUUUUCUUUUUCUUUUAAUUUUAAUUUUAUUGUGAGAUUAGUUGGCAGUGAAGCGGGAGUGGGUAUUAGUGUGAACUUUUUUGAAGGAGGUAACGUGAAGGUUUGUUUUGGACGGUGGAACGUACAUGAUGAAGCGACCGAUGGGGGUCCAUGGUGCAAGUAAGGGUAGUGAGUUUCAUGAUGGGAAGCAGCAGCCUCUUCUGAAGCGGCAGAGGGAUCGCAAAGCAUUGGCGUCGGAUGCGUUGCCGUUGCCCGUGGGAUUGACGAACAAGAUCUUUACCGUGCUAUUUUUUGUGGCCUCGUAUUUCCUUAUGAGGUCAUGGCGGGACAAGAUUCGAAACGCGACUCCGUUGCACAUGCUGAACCUGGGAGAGAUCGCUGCGCUUAUCGUCCAGCUUUCUUCAUUUAUCUACCUGAUAGGAUUUUUUGGAAUAGACUACGUGCAAAACUUCAUUAGCAAGAGCUGUGAUGGAGCUUGGGAUUCGGAUGAGGAGAGAGAGUGUAUUAGGCCCAACUGUCAGGUUGCGUCUGAGGCGCCUAAAGCUGUAGUUCAACUUAUGGGAGUGAGUUUGAGCGAGAAUGAGGAUGAGGAUAUUGCUCGCGCUGUUAGCAAUGGCGAUGUUCCUUCGUACUCGUUGGAGUCGCAGAUAGGGGACCCUUUGAGAGCCGCUGCAAUUAGACGUAGAUCAGUGGAAAUGACCACAGGAAGGUCGCUAGAAGGAUUGCCUUUGUCAGGACUUGAUUACAGCUCCAUCCUGGGUCAAUGCUGCGAGAUGGUUGUGGGUUACGUGCAGGUGCCUGUUGGGGUUGCUGGUCCUCUUCUGAUCAAUGGUCGCGAGUUUACUGUUCCGAUGGCCACAACUGAAGGCUGCCUAGUGGCUAGCACCAAUCGUGGUUGCAAGGCUAUACAUCAGUCGGGCGGUGCUACAAGUAUACUGUUGCAGGACGGGAUGACGAGAGCACCCGUUGUCCGUUUUCCAAGUGUGAAGAGAUGCGCAGAGCUUAAGUUUUUCCUUGAAGAUCCCAACAACUUCGAUACCAUUGCACACAUGUUCAACAGAACUAGUCGCUUCGGUAGGCUGAAGCACCUUAAAUGUCAGUUGGCUGGGCGAAAUGUGUACAUUCGAUUCUCUGCUUUAACUGGUGACGCAAUGGGGAUGAACAUGAUAUCCAAAGGCGUACAGAAUGUUUUGGAUUACCUUCAGGAUAUAAACCCGGACAUGGAGGUCAUCAGCGUGUCUGGUAACUUCUGUGCGGACAAGAAACCAACAGCUGUAAACUGGAUUGAUGGUCGUGGAAAGUCUGUCGUUUGUGAGGCAAUUUUGAAAGGGGACGUCGUACGCAAAGUCCUAAAAACCUCUGUGUCUGCCUUGGUGGAACUGAAUAUGGUGAAGAACUUGGCUGGUUCCGCCUUGGCUGGUGCGGUUGGGGGCUUCAAUGCACAUGCAGCCAAUAUCGUCUCUGCUAUAUACAUUGCAACUGGACAAGAUCCUGCACAGAACGUCGAGAGCUCACAAUGUAUAACCAUGAUGGAGGCUGUCAAUGGUGGUCAAGAUUUACAUGUCUCUGUUACGAUGCCUUCAAUUGAGGUGGGAACUAUCGGCGGCGGCACACAGUUGGCUUCACAAUCAGCGUGCUUGAACCUACUUGGAGUGAAGGGAGCGAAUGCAGAUUCUCCCGGUGCUAAUGCUCAAGGACUUGCAAGAGUAGUAGCUGGAGCUGUGCUGGCUGGAGAAAUCUCUCUUAUGUCUGCUUUGGCCGCUGGGCAACUUGUGAAGAGUCACAUGAAAUACAACCGUUCAAAUAAUAACAUGGCUUCUAUUGGAAAUGCGGCCCUGCCUCCACUACCAACAAAGUCCUCCUAAGCCUGACAAGCUUGCGAAAGAAGAUGAGUGUAAGUUGGGUAUUUCCUAAAGAUAUAGCCUCUAACAAGCAAACCUCGACUCAUUCGGCUAACACAUUCAUGCUGUUCUCAAUCUGCAAAGAUUGCAGAAACAGAUCUGAGAUCCAAAAUUGUGGAUAUUCAUUUUCAGUGUUCCACGAGGCACUUUUUUGAAAGAUCCUUCUUGAACUGGCAAGUACGCAGGAAUCCUUGGAGUUUGUCACACAUAGUGAAGUGCCACUAAGCCAAUUAGGGAAAUUUAUUGUAACGGAAUCCAGCUGACUAAUCAAUGGUGACUAUAUAUCGGAAAGAUUCCAAAUGUUGAUGUCAACUUUUAUCUCAGAUAGUUGAUGAAUCCCUUGAUCUGGAAAAAAACCAAAUGGUUUAUUCCCUCUGCAAAUGAAGCUGCAUAAUGGCUUUAUUUGACCAUAUUCUUUUUAGGAGAAUACGAUUAGGAAAGAACUGGCAUGGUGGGCAACGUUUACACGAGUUGCUACAACUCUCUUCACUGAAGGGAUCAUGUAUAUACUCCAAGGAAACGGCUUGGAAUAACGGAGAAUAGUUUUUACUCUACGCUA